GAACACAAUAUCUAAAAAGCAACUUUUUUUCUUUCCUUCCUCUCUUUUGGAAAAUCUCUACUUGAGAAUCGCAAGGGAAGUACAGGAGGAACCCCUCUCAAAUCACAAACAAGGCAGGUGCAGACAAGUUACGAUGUUGAUUCAGAAACCUUUAAUCCUCUUUAUUGAUGCAUAUGAUUCAUUCUCGAAUAACAUCAUUUCCCUCCUUGAAACUUCACUCACCGCCUCAGUGCGAACGGUCAAAAUCAAUGAUCCCAUCCUAUUAGCAUCUGAUGAAGCAUUGCACGAAGAAUUGAGACAUUAUGUAGCGGUAGUAUGCGGGCCGGGCCCUGGAAAUCCGGAGACGGACAGUGAUAUCGGAAUUAUAAAGAAAAUCUGGAGACUUGCCGAUGAGGAAAUGCUACCAGUAUUGGGCAUUUGCUUAGGAUUCCAAAGAUUGUGCUUGGAGUUUGGCGGACAGAUAAGGAGGUUACAAGGUCCACAACAUGGAAUGAUUAGAAAGGUUCUACAUGCAGGAGAAGCCCAAGCCGUCUCCGCCGUUGGAAAUGAUUCCAUAUUCUGUGGGGUUGGCGAGAUUACCGCUACCUUGUAUCAAAGUUUAUGUAUCGAUAUAGGCCAAGACGACAUUCUAGAUGAAGAAUGGAACACAUCACGAUGGGAGCCAACAGAAAAAUCUCCCGAUUUGAUACCAUUGGCUUGGGUUGAAAGUGCCGAUCUAGAGGCUGAACAUGCGAGAAGUUGCGGUGUGAAAGACAGCAGAGUUUUGGUCGGUGUACGGCAUGCAACGAAACCCUUUUGGGGAAUACAAUAUCAUCCUGAGUCGGUCUGCACAAAUGAUACAAGCAAAGAAAUCUUUAUAAACUGGUUCAAGUCGGCACAAGAUUGGAAUAAAACUUUCAGGAAGACGGAGAUCAAUUACGACGGUACAAUGCACGGCCAAUCUGCUACACGAGUGAGCCUUCUCCAACAGUUCGAAGCCUUGCAAACAAUGCCUGUAUCUCCGACUAGUGAUACCUCGAUCGAAAGUAUGAAGCCAAAAAAUAUGUGUAUUUCUCGAACGAUUGGUUUGCCAGAGAACCUAUCUGUACCUGAUAUUGUGGAAGCCAUCCAGGACAUGGGACGAGAUCAUGUUCUACUGGAAUCUACCAAUGCAGACGAAACCUCCGCUGGGUCUGCCGAUGUGAAAGGACGAUAUAGUAUCAUAGGCCUAGAUAUCGACGAUUGUUUGAGAUUCGAAUAUCGCGUCGGCGAUGGCCAUAUAACUAAGAUCCCAUCUUCAUCUGGCGAAUACCUUGAUACCAAGGAGGAGAUUGAUUUGAAGUCUUGUGGUGGAGUUUGGUCGUUAUUGGCACAUCGAUUAGAGGUUGCGCGUGUUACGGCAGGCAAUGACGAAUCGCCGUUCUGGGGAGGAUUUAUGGGAUAUACGACAUACGAGCUGGGCCUGGAGACUAUUGAUGUGAAAGUUGAUAGACCAGAUGCUCAUAGCAACCGACCAGAUCUCUGCUUUGCAUGGGUCACUCGAAGUAUAGUUGUCGACCACGUGAAAAAGGUUGUCUACCUUCAACAAUUGGCCAGCCUUGGUGAUAGCCAAAACGACACUGCAUGGAUGGAAGCUGUUGGUCCCAAGCUUGAGAAAGCGUCUCAACCGAAGUCUCCAAAAAGCACUCGUCAAACCCCUCUCCGACCAGGUGAUCUUGUCUUAUCUUGCGAUCGCAUAAAAGUUUCUCGUCGAGAAAAACGAGCUUGGUCACCAGUCCGUACCCCCGCUUCGAAGUUUUCCAUGGCUAUUACUCAACCCACAGCCGAUUCAUAUGAAGCAAAGGUCCGUCGAUGCCAAGAUAAGAUUGCCAGUGGGGACUCCUAUGAGUUAUGCCUCACUGAUCAAACCACCAUCACCCGUCUUCGCAGCGAUCCUCCUCACACAUCAGUCCACAACACGACUGAAUCAAUUCUCCUUUACAACAAAACUCCAAGACCAGCUCCAGUUAAGGGCGCCUGGUCUUUGUACAAAAAUCUUCGUACACGUCAACCAGCUCCUUUCGCUUCUUUCCUUCGCCUUGGCGGUGCUACUUUGGUUUCUAGUUCCCCAGAACAAUUCCUUAAGUGGGACAAUCGUGUCGGAAAAUGUUCUCUGCGACCUAUGAAAGGCACUGUUCGUAAGACUGACGAAGUAACACUUUCAGAUGCCACCACACUCCUUAAUGACCCCAAAGAAAAGGCCGAGAACCUCAUGAUUGUUGAUCUCGUUCGCCAUGAUUUACAUGGCGUCUGUGGGUCUGGCAACGUUUCUGUUCCACGAUUGAUGGUGGUUGAGGAAUAUGCAUCAGUUUUCCAGAUGAUCUCUGUUGUCGAAGGCUCUUAUUCCAAAACCGGAUCCGAUGAUAUAUCGACACACAUGUCUUCACUUACCAUCAAGGACGACAAGAGAACAGCAUACACUGGACUCGAUAUUUUAGCAGCCUCUCUCCCACCAGGAUCUAUGACUGGCGCACCGAAGAAACGUAGCUGUGAACUCUUGCAAGACAUCGAACACCACAAACCUCGCUCCCUAUACUCUGGUGUUGUAGGAUACAUGGAUGUUGGUGGCCGCGGCGACUUCAGUGUUACUAUCCGAUCAAUGUACCGUUGGGACGAUGAAGACGGUGUCAUUGAAGCCGAAGAAAAGGAUACAGAGAAAUGGCACAUUGGUGCGGGCGGAGCUGUUACAGCUCUUAGCACCCCCAUUGGCGAGAGAGACGAGAUGCUAACGAAGCUUAAUGGAACACUUGGUGUGUUUCGUUGAAUAAGAUAAAGAUUUCGUUCAUACGACGCGAGUCGGUUGGUUUAUGCAUAAUGAAGGAAGAUUUCCGGAGUUAUUCAUGGGGCUAUUCACUUUUCUUGUUGGGUUCUUGGGAUAUUUUCAGGCACAAAUUUAUGGUAAAGUCCCCAGUUCGAGAUACCUCAACGUAUCGUAUCUAUCUUGCAGGGAUCGGGGCAUUGACGACUUAUGACCUUGGGAUGGCGCUUUCAUGUAUUGGAUACGGAUUGGAUAGGGACAGAGACUGGGACAUGGAGUACAGAAAAUCUCAACGAAGACAUAUAUCUUUUUAUAGAGAGAGAAAAGAAAAGUCCGCAAGGAUUCACAUAUGCAGUUACAUACCUAGAUAGAUAUAUUUCAAUAGACUGGUAAUACCACUUUACA